AUGGAUAAACAUAGAUAUGAAACUGGAGAUGGAUUAACAAAUAACAGUCGUAAAAUUUCCGAACAAAAUCGAUCAAGUAUUGGAUCAAGUAAUGAAAGUGAACAAUUAAAACAAUUUGUUAAACAAAUUCAAGUUGAAAAUAAAAAACUUAAAGAUAUUAUUUUAAAAUUUGAACGUAUUACACAUGAUUAUACACUUGAAAAUGAACGACUUAAACAAGAAAAUCAACAUCUUUCACUUUUAUCAUAUUCAUCAGUAGAUAAUUCAACAUCUUCUGAUACUGAUAUUUGUUAUUUAACAUUAAAAUGUUUGACAUAUGAAGUUGCUGAAAGAACAUCAGAUCAUAAUGAACAAUCAUUGUUAACUACAGACAAUAAUAAUGAUUCAUAUCUUAAACAAAAAUUAAUUGAUACUGAACGACAACUUAAAAGUAUUCGUAUACAAAAUCAACGAUUAAAAAAACAACUUGAAACAUAUACAAUACAAUUUAAACAUGUUCAACAUGAUGUUAAUGUUAAAAAUCAAGAAUUAUCAUUGUUAAAAAUUGAAACAGAUAGAUUACGUAUAAGUGAAACUCAAUAUCGUUUGGAAGUCGAUCGUCUUAAAGUAGAUCUUCAAUGUGAUCAAGUUAAAAUUCAACAACUUGAACGUGAAUUAAUUGAUUUGCAACGUGAACAAAAUAAUACUCAAAGCAGUUCAAAUAAUAAUAUACGUGAAUUACUUGAAUUGAAAGAACGUGAAUUAAAUGCAUUAAAAGAAAAAUUAGAUUAUACAACAAAAGCACAUCAACUUGAAUUAGAAGAAGCAAUUAAAGCCAAUCAGUUUUCACUUGAUAAUGUUCAACGUUUUGAACAAUUGGAUCAACGAAAUCAAGAGAAACGUAAAGAAUUAGAAAUACGACUUGGAAAUUUUUGUAAAAUUAUUAAACCAUUAAUUGAUAAUCAACAUUUAUCUAAAGAAAAAUCAAUUAUUGAUCUUGAUGAAUUACAACAAUUAAUUACAGAUACUGAAGCAGAAGAAAGAGUUACAAAUUCACUUGGUCCAAUUCGGGAUUGUCUAGGACUAUUGGAAAUUCAAAUGAAAGAUUUACAUGAUAAUCUUAUUGAAAAUCAUGCUCGACAUUCAACAAAAUGGAAAUCUAAAGUUGAACCUGAAUCGUCAGAACUAACACAACAUGAUAUACAAGAAGCAUAUCAAGAUCGUGAUUUGUUUCUUGAAUCAUCGCGUAUUGUACCAAUGAAUGGACGUUCAUAUUCAUUAAUUGAUAAUUUUAUUGAAAGUGAUGUUCAUUUAUGUUUAGAUGAAGUUAUCGUAAGAACGACAGUAAAAUAAACAUUAUGUUCUUGCUAAUAGUUUUAUUCGUUUGUUUUUUUCUCUCUCUCUCUCCGUGUGUUUUCAUGCAAUCGGUUUUAUCACCUUUUGUUUUUGAUUGUUUAAAGCUUUGUUAUUCGUUAUUUAAAACAACAUACUUUAUUUAUUUAUUUUGUUGAUUAUAAAAGAAAAAAAAUACAUAUGGUGUGAAAUUAAGAAAAUAAGUAUGUUUUUUUUUGCUAAUAUGCAUAUUAAUGUUAAAUAUUAUGUUUGGGCGAUUCGAUUUGUAUAAA